AAACAAUAAUUCGCUCUAUGCCGCUCUCAAUGCGAACAUUGUGAAAGUAGUAAAUACCCACACGCGAGAGUACCUGUUGGAUUUACAGAGAAGCGCAAACCUGGGAAAAAACAACAGAAACAAGAAAAAAACUGAACAAGCAAGAAGAGGAAACAGGAGGAACCACUCUGGAAUUUCUCUAUGGGUGUAACUUUUGCCUUCAGACCGGUAGUUGAGUCUCACAUCGGGGCCUCGGGAAACGAUGACUGGUGAGGAAUGAGCACGACUUCUGGCGCGACUAACGUUCCCUCAGAAAAAUAAGCGAUUCGUUUGAAAAGCUGGUGACAUAGAAGUUGUAAUUUCGUCUCGCUGAGCAGGAAUAAUGGUUGUGGGGUGUAUAAAAGUGUCAGAGUUUGAGGGAAGCUAACAGGCUAUUCAGCCACACCCUCCCGCCGCUUCCUGAUACGCAAGAUGUAGCGGGAGACUACAACCGACGCGCGAGAGUCUCACUAGCGAACGGAGUUCGUUAUCGUCGCGGAAGCCGCAUUAAAACAUUCAGCCGGGCGUUCAAAGAAUGGCAAGCAAAAGCGAAACUAUCUGCCACUGGACAACCGUUGCUUUCCUGCUGGAGAGGGCGUAUGGACAAUAGAUAUGCAUAAGGAACUGAGUUUGCCCACAGAACCUGGAUUGUGUACGAAAAAGAAACGGCUGAAAGUCGUUCGGGAACGUUUUAUGAAUUUUCGAGGUGUCGUGGGAUGAUGGUGCAGUGGCGGCGGGACGUCCGCGCGUCUCGCCCUUCGGUCGGCGGGUCAGCAAGACGGUCAAUAUAUCAGCAGCAGCAGCAGCAGCAGCAUCACAUUGCAGGAGGACGUGUAUUUAAAUGCAUGUAAUGUGCAUGACACGAAGAAAAGCUGGAAUGACAGAUUCCACACAGCAAAAGUAGCGUUUCUGGAAGUCAACCUGCACUUUGCCUUCAUCUGGGCAUCUUCUUGUACAUGGCACUGCAGUAGCCUUUUUUAAAAAGAGUGUUUUGCAUUGUUGGAGCAACAUUGACAACCUGUGAAACUGAUCAGACUGUAGCCUACCUUAAGAGAGGUAGUUGUGAAUUCUAUUUUAUUUUCAUUUCUCUCAUUAUGCACACCUAAAAUCAGAUUAUUUAAACAAUUCUGAGCUUAUUCAGUUGAAGGGAUAUUUAAUACCAGCUCUCAUCAGCAUUUUUUUUUUUUUUUUGUAAAAAAAAAAAAACAUAUAUUUUAAGGGACCUACAUAUAGUAGGUCCCUUAUUCGUGCAUUGAGUGAAGUUUUCAAAGCUGAGUGGACUUUUUCCUGAAGGACGUUAUCGGCCAGUUCUCCCUGAGAAGGUGCGGGAAUAUUUUUUACUGAAGAAAAUGACAUGAAUCACUUGUUCGCACAAGAGAACGUAUGUUGUGAUCUUUAUUUUGAACAUUAGCGCGACCACACUACUAUGGCUAGUAGUGGCUCGGGAAAAUCAGAUAGUGAGGUUUCUACCAACAUCCCUAGCGGCAGCUUGCAACAAAGGAAAAGACUUUCAUCCAUCUGUGACGCAUGCAAGAGCAAAAUGCAGCUGGUGGCGGACCUGCUACUGCUGUCGAGCGAGACCAGGCCGGUGGUGAACACCGACGGCAUGCCCGUGGCGGAGACGUUCGAGAAAUGCCGUGACACGGUGAUCGCCCGGACCAAGGAGCUGUCGAUUAUCGUUCACGAUAUCCAGAGCCAGCUCAACAUGGGGAAGUUCGUGGAGGUCGGCGACCGGCUGGUGGAGAUGGGCGACCUGGUGGUCUCACUGACGGAGUAUUCAGCGCACGCUGCGUACUUGGCGGCCGUGGAUAUCCCGGGAUCGCAAGCCGCCGUUCCCGGGCUGGUGGACCGCUAUAAGGUCACCCGUUGCCGGCAUGAAGUGGAGCAGACGUGCAACGUUCUCCGCCUGACGGCUCUGGCCGACCUGACGCCGCAGCUCCUUCUGGAAGUGUCGCAGCAUAUCCUGAAGAACCUCACCACGCUCACGGACGCCUCGUCUCUGGCCAGUGAUAAAUCUAAGGACAAGUUCGCCAAAGAGCAGUUCAAAGCCAGCGUCAAGUGCAUGAGCACGAGCGCCACGGCUCUGCUGGCGUGCGUGCGCGAGCUAAAGGCCUGCCCCAGCGAGCUGACCCGCAACCGCUGCGUCCUCUUCAGCGGGCCGCUCGUGCAAGCCGUGCACGCCUUGGUGGGUUUCGCCACCGAGCCGCAGUUCCUUGGCAAAGCCGCCUCCAUCACCCCCGAGGGCAAAGGGGUGCAGACGGCUGUUCUGGGCGGCGCCAUGAGCGUGGUUUCGGCCUGCGUGCUCCUGACCCAGGGCCUCAGGGAUAUUUCCCAGCAUCCCGAGAGCAGCUCCCAGAUGCCCAUCUACCGGGAGCGGCUGCGGAACUCUGCAUGCGCCGUCUCGGACGGAUGCACGCUCCUGUCUCAGGCACUAAGGGAACGAUCCUCACCUAGAACUUUACCGCCAGUUAACUCUCAUUCUGUGAAUUAAAACUCCUCCCCGGCACGUUAUUUUGAAGUACCAAAGAAUCAAAUCAGGUUGAAGCCCGCAUACACUCUUAAAAAUAAACGUUCCGUUGAUUCCAAAAAAGAACCUUGCAGUGAACGGUUCCUAAAAAAACCGUUACAUUUAAAAAUUUAAACAACCUUUUCUUCUUUUGAAAGAUUCCGUGGCUGUUCCGAUUAGGAACCUUUCUUUUUAAGAGUGUGGUGUGAAUAAAUGUAGUGUUUAUACAUCGAAAUUAACUUUUCUUGGCAGUCGGCUUUACUCAAGGUCACAUUUGUAGGUUUUUCUCAAACUGGAUGUGAUUGGGGAAGAAGUAGCUUUUACUAAAACUGACACCUUUUGCAAAAUCUCUGUCGGUUGAGAAUAUAAUAUGGCCAAAAGCGGUCGCUACAACAGAAGCCUUAAAAUGAAACUGAAAGUCUUUACCUCAGUGUUUAGCUGAAUGGAUGUCAUUGAGAUUUGUAGAAAUCAUCAUCAGCAUCAUAAUGUUCGUAUUCCAUGUGUGAAUUUGUAAUGAGUAAAAGCUGCUGUGAGUGUGUGCCAUAGGUUUUACACUAUUUACAAGACUUACAAUUAUAUUUUAAUGUGCUGUGUUUUUUCCCCUUUGCCCACGCCCUCAUUUUUUUUUAUCAUGCAUGUACUGGAGUAUUUAUUUCAAGUAAUUAAAAAUGUUGUUUCUCAUAA